UGAGAGAAAUUGCUAAUAGUGCUUUGUGACCACCUUUUUCAUAUCUUCAGCGCAAACCUUACAAAUAUGAGGAAUAUCGUGUUCAAGUGACUUAAGGUGUGAAUACAUACCAGCAAACGGUGUAGCAAUGGUUUGGGAAGUUAAGGAUAAAUUGGGCUAGGUGCAGUAUUUAAAGAAUGUGAGAGAUGGCUCCGUUCUACGCUGUUCAGGCUACACUAGUUUACAUUGUACAUAUUUAUCAACGCACCUCUAUCGCAUUAUUACGCCCACUAACCCAACUACAAGGAUACGUACGUAAGCACGGUAUAACUUAUCUGCCAAACCCAACACCAUGAAUGAGAAAAAGCAUAAGCUAAAGAACAGUGCGUGUAAAGUAGGCGGCGACCCGCUCAAUUGUCCCUUGCCGCCGAUAGACACGUCGGAAACGUACUUGCUGAAAAUUAAAACCUGGAGCCCGGGCAAACGGUCUCAGUGCUUUGUCACGCUGUACCGUCACACUAAAAGCAAUAUUUCUACGAUUCAGCGCAAUUCCAAUUCGCUUCGCACACGCUUAUCUUGCUCCCAUAACUCGCUGACCGAUUCCAUCAAAAAUAAGGCAGACGAUUCGGUAUUCAUAACGCAAGCGAUGUCGCACGACGCAUUAGACGACAACAAAAUUUUAGAUUUUUACAACGUUCCUAUCGAUUCCGACAUCUACACCACGCCGAUUGAUUUAAUACGGAACACGUACAAUGCGGAAACGUCUUUUUAUCGGAAUCGGAAUGAAGCGUCACAGAGAAACAGUUGGAACAAUUUGUUGAACUACAGUGAACAGAUCAGCUCGAUUCACGAGCGCAAAACCAAUAAACCCCACAUUAUAUUCGACAGAAAGUCGGCCAAGGUCGUCGAUAAGCAUACGAGUGAUAAGACGGACAGCAAGCGCAAUUCGAUUUCGCACGAGAUACGCUCCCAGUGCAAAAAGUCAAACUUUUCCGUUAAUCUUAAGCAAAAGUUUUGUAACAUUUUUCGCGUGAGCCGCCAGCAGCAUCACAAACCCUUUCUGGCCAAUAAGCGGUCGAUCGUUGCGGGCAGAGCGAAGGAUAAUGUCGUGUGCGCUAAGGACAAAAAUGAAGGCACGAACGGCAAAAAGAUAAACACGCCACGGAAGUUGCCACCACUUCCUGCCAAUGAAUCUGAUUUAAGGUAUCUAAUGGGCGAUACGAGCGACCAAAAAAGGAAAUCAGGUGAAAGAAAAUCGUCGAUGGACUUUACUGCAAGCAUAGAAAAAGUUCAAGAGUUCGGUUGGUACUGGGGUCCAAUAACAUCAGAAGGUGCGGAAAAGAUACUUUCAAACGAACCGGAUGGUAGUUUUUUAGUUAGAGAUAGCUCCGAUGAUCACUACAUAUUUUCUCUCACAUUCAAACUAAAUGGUACUGUACGGCAUGUUCGAAUAGAUCAAGAUCAAGGAUCUUUUUCAUUCGGUUCGUGCGCUAAGUUUAAAUCUCGAACAAUAAUGGAAUUUAUAGAGAACGCCGUGGAGCAUUCGCGAAGCGGCAGAUAUUUAUUUUUUCUGCAUAGACGUCCGGAAUAUGGUCCCAUGCGUGUUCAAUUAACGAAACCCGUUUCGCGUUUCAAGCAUGUGCAAAGUUUGCAGCAUAUAUGCAGAUUUGUCAUCCAUAAAACAAUCAAGCGAAAAGAUCUUAUUCAAGCACUUCCGCUACCGAGAAGAGUGUUGGACUAUUUGUGCUACAAAAAUUGUCUUUCGGAGCGUACUGAAGCGGAUUUACUAGGCAGCUUGGAAAAACCAAAUAUUAUUCUUCGUUAGAUUGGAAAAUAUUACGAACAGUUUUCUUUUCCUCCAAAACCUACAACCCCCCCAACCCCCCUGAUAGUCGAUAUGAAACAUAAAACUAUAACAAUUAAAACAAAGAAAAACAACUGAAAU